GUCUUGAAAGGAUCGUGAAAAAUACAAGAUAAAAUUGAUAUUUUCGAAAAAAAUAUUUUGCAAAAUGAAAAAAUGCCACUGACUUUUCUUGAUGAUGAAUUAAUUAUCGAUGAUGAUAACAAAAUAAAAGAACUAAAUUACACAAUAAAAGAUAAAAAUAACAAAAUUCAGCAACAUGAAAAACAAGUAAAUGAAUUACAAAUUGAAAUUAAUUUUCUAACUAAAAAUAUGGAAAAAAUGCAAAAUGAAUUAACAGAAUAUGAAGCUGAAGAUAUUGGUGUACUGAAAGAAGAGAUACGAGUAAGAGAUGAAAAAAUUCAACAACUUGAAAAUGAAAUUGAAUCAUUAGAGCAUACAUUCAGUGAACGAUUCGAAGAUCUUGAUCACAUUGAAGAAUUGGUUAAUAUGAUUAAAGAAAAAGAAGAAAGAGAGUAUCAAUUAGUCAUAGAACUUGGUAAUGAAAAAGAAAAAAAUAACGAGUUGACUGAAGCACUACGUGAAAGUAUCAAGAUAUCGAGUCAAGAACAAAACAAAUCACGUUCUAUUGAAAAAACAAAAAGAAAUGCUCUAACUCGAAUUGACGAAUUGGAGCAGAGAAUAACAUCAAUGCAAUCAGCUUCAGCUAUCAAGUGUUAUACUUGCCAAUCUUUGUUGCAAAAAUUAGCAGACAAUGAGAAAAAACUAGACUGUUUGACAAGAGAACGAAUGAUACAGCUCAAAGAACUCCAUCAAAUAAAGCGUGAAGCAUUAAGAGCAACUUUGUCAGAGAAAGAUGCUCAUCUAGCACUCCUUGAGUUGCCUAGUAUUGAAAAACAAUCAAUUCAAGCUGAAAAACUUAGAAAAGACAAGGAAAAAAUUAUCGAGCAACUAAAAAAUGAAGACAAAAAGUACAUGGAAUUAUCAGAAGAAAGUGAAUCAAGUUCAUCAAGUACAGAUAAUCCACCACUUCUUACUAGUACACUUGAACCUAGUGACAAUUACGGAAAUUUAUAAAAACCAUUUGGACCUAAUUAAAAUAAAUACGCAAGUCAAGAUGGGUAAGCAAUAAUCACAAUGAAAACAAAUUGAUGAAUAUGAACGUUUUAAUUUCGUUUAAAUCGCACAUAAUAAUAUCGAAAUUAAUGACAAUAGCAUAUACAUAUUUAAAUAAUCAUAUAACUCAAUCUAGAAUAUCAUAGACAUAAUAAAUAAUUAUAUUAUUGGACCAUAUUCGUUGUUAUUCACUAUAACCAGUUGAAAAACAAAUCGAAAAAUAAAUAAAUAAUAAAAACUGUAUUAAUUUUAGAUUAAACAAAUUUUUAAUUUAAAUUCAUCAAUAAAAUUUUAAAAAUUGUUUGUUAAAUUUAAUUUUAAUAAUAAAAUACAUAUAUCAAUAAAUAAAAGUAUAAAUGAGUAAUUUUUAUUAUAAUUAAUUUGGAAUUCUUGUCAAGGGUCCAAAUAUUUCAAGAAUUAAAAAAAAAAAUAAAUAAAUAAACAAACAAAACAUUUAUUAUAAGCAAUAUAUAUGUUAGUAUUAAUUAAUUUGUAUAGAUAAUGAAUUUAUUAUUAUUUACAAUAAAAUAAUUACGAUAAAUUUAAAUUACAAGGUCGAUGAAGAAAAUAAUACUGAGUGUGUAUUAUUCAAGUUUGACAAAUGAGCAAAUAUUGUAUUCGAUUAUUAUAUUGACAAUAAUGACUGUUUAUAUGCAUCUAAUGUUUUAUCUAAUUCUCGAAUAAUAGGUAUAAUUUAUUUCUCAAUUUAUUAUGGAUAUUAUUACAUUUUUUUUUACUGUAGAUAUAAUAUUAUUUAUAGUAAUAUAAUUUAUAAUAACAUGUUGGACAAUGCCAGAUGGAAUUAGAUUAUACUUUAAAAAAUAAAUACAAAAAAUUUAUAACAUUUGGAAUUGGUUUAUCUAAUAUCAUUGAUUUUUAGAAUCGGAGUCUAAUUAUUAUACUAGUCAAGGUACUAAUUUAUUAGUUUUUUUUUCUGUAAAUAAACACAAAACGAAAAAAUAUAUAAAAGAACAAAAUAUGUAAUGCUAUAUAAUUAUUGUACUGUUCAUUAGUGUUAACGAAAUCUGGCUUGUCUAUCCACUAAAAAACGAGACUGUAGAUAGUAGUAACUUUAUUCUUUUUCUUCAGAAAAAAAAUUAUAAUGAAUUAAAAUUUUAAAGAAAUUAAAAUUCUACCGUUGUGCAACAAACGGACUUUUAUCAAAUUUUGACUCUUAUUGUACUUUAUUAAAAAACAAAAAGAAAAAAAAAUAAUAUGCAAAGUAUUAUAAUAAUAAAAAAAAAAUACUGUGUUAUUAAAUGUAUUGUAAAUUAUUUUUAUUUGCCCAUAACAGUCAUUAAUAAUUUUCCAUCUUUCUUAUUUCUACAAAUCUUACAAAAAAUAUUAUCAAUAAAUUUUUUAUAAUAUAACAAUUAGUUACUAUGAAUUUUUACAAUUCAUAAUAGUUAAAAAAAAAAAUGACCUAUUAUUUAUUUUAAUUAAGAAAAUUUUUAAAUCAAAACUGAUUGUUAUUUGCAGAUUAAAAAUAAUUUAUAAUAAAUGCAAAAAAUAUUAUCAUGUUAAUGUGAGUUGAAAAGAUAUAUUAUAAAAAAUUAUUGAGUUUUGAAACGUGCUAUCGCCAUAUCAAAUCGAUAUAUAUAUCAUCAUGUUAAGAUAGAGAUAAAAUAAUAUGAGAAAAAUAAUAAAGAAUAAAUAUAAAUUAUUAUAUAAGUAUUUAUCGUUAAAAAUCGAAUUGUUAAUUCUAAAUGACUGUUUCCACAAAGAGUGGACUUUUUCCUUCAUAUAAAAUAAAUAUUAUCUAAAAAAACAUAACUCUGACGAGCAAAAAAAAUAAUAAUUUAAAAUAAUAUAUCAAACGUAAAUAAUAUAU